GCCCCGCCCGUCCAGAGUAGCUGGGCUCCGGGUGGGCCGCGGGCCCGGGAGGCGGCGGGGCGCCCCGAAGAAGGGCCUAGGCUGCGCUGAUAACAUGGGCGGCCCGGGCUGCAGGCUCGGGCUUGGGGCCGAUUCCCGGGUCCCAGGGCCGCGGGGAGACUCCGGCGGGGCUUUCUGGUGUCCCAGCGCCUUUCAUUCCAUCUCGUGGGAGGAGUGAGAGUCCCUUGAUCACCGUUUCUCAAAGUGGGUCCGCGAGCAGACUCACGACCCCGCUUUAGACUUUCUGAACCGGACUCUGUGCCAUGGCCCAGGAAUCUGAAUUUUCAGCAAGCGUUCCAGAUGUUUUUGAUACAGGUGGUCACAGGACCGCACUUUGGAGACACUUCCCCAGAGGGCAGGGCACUUCCGAUACAGCAGGGAGCCUAAGCGGGUGCAUUUGAGGACGGGGCGUCCUGACUAGCUUUGAAAUGGUGUUGAUCGUCUGCCUCUGCCUUAUGAGAUACUGACUGAGGCAGGGGUGUCUUAAAUCCUUGCACUCGGUGCUGCUGUGUUCCCGUUGCCACCGAUAGGAGUCUUCAGAUGGACAGAUGCUCAGAGUGAAGUGCCUGGGUCCGGAGCCUUAGAGAUAAAACAGUGCGGAAGGAGGCAGUGUGUGCUUCAGCAGGAAGAAUUUGAAGUUGGUCCUGCUGGCCUGGAUUGGGGCUGUCUUCACCACUUCCUAGCAGGGCAGCCUUAAUGUGGACCCAGCACACAUCACUCUCUUUCCCCAGUGUCCUCAUCUGUCAAUAGGCACAGUAUUUCUUAUCCAAUAGGGCUUUUGUGUGAAGUAGGUAAUGUCUCUCAAGCGUCUCGUACAGUGGCUGGCACAUAAGGGGGACCAGGACCACCAUUGAUUUGCAAUUUUUGAAAGUGGUUCAAGGCAAAAAUUCAGGUGUUUGUGGGAGCAAUGGAAAGUCACAAGACAGAAGAAGAGAUGUUAGAUAUUCUUCAGCUGAACGUGGGUGGCUGUAUUUAUACAGCCAGGCGAGAGUCUUUGUGCCGCUUUAAGGACUCCAUGCUGGCAUCCAUGUUCAGUGGUCGUUUUCCUCUAAAAACAGAUGAAUCAGGGGCUUGUGUUAUUGAUCGUGAUGGACAUCUAUUUAAAUACCUUUUGGAUUAUCUUCAUGGAGAAGUUCACAUUCCCACCGAUGAGCAAACCCGUGUUGCUCUGCAGGAAGAGGCUGAUUACUUUGGCAUCCCUUAUCCGUAUAGCCUGUCUGACCACUUGGCCAAUGAAAUGGAGACAUAUUCUUUAAGGUCAAAUAUAGAACUUAAAAAGGCUUUAACAGACUUCUGUGAUUCAUAUGGUUUAGUUUGCAAUAAACCAACAGUUUGGGUUCUCCACUAUCUUAACACAUCUGGUGCAAGCUGUGAGAGUAGAAUUAUUGGUGUAUAUUCCACAAAAACUGAUGGAACAGAUGCUAUUGAUAAGCAGCUUGGAGGAAGAAUUCACAGUAAAAGCAUUUUUAAGAGAGAGGCGGGAAAUAAUGUUCAGUACAUUUGGAGCUAUUAUUCAGCAGCAGAAUUGAAGAAAAUGAUGGAUGCCUUUGAUGCUUGGGAAGGAAAAGGUGUGAGCUACUGGCGGGUACCUCAUGAGCUGAUAGAAUGUUGGACUCUGGAAGAGCGACCUUUACUUGGAAACCUGCGCCACAUGGCCCCAAUUCGAAAGAGGCGACUGAUAGCACUUAAUGAAGAGGAAGAAGAUGUGAACUGUAAGACUGGUCCUAAGCCGGUCAGAUUCGUGGGCCCUUCCACCAGCACCCAAAUUAAAGUCAAGAACUCAGCUUCCAUUAGGGUGUCUCCGGCCAGUGCCCUCCAAGCCUGGUCCCAGGCCAUGGCAAACCAGUGUCCAGGCAGAAGUACAGCUCAGCGCUCGGCAUCAUCGAAAACCCCAUCCCCGGUGGGCACUGGGCUACCUGGGCAUUCCCCAGCUUCCCCUGGGACCGGGAGUGCUGAAAACGGAGCCACACACCCCCCUCCAGCUAAGGUUCUGUUCUCCGACAAGAAGGCCACCCCACAUCGAGUGGUAAAACUGAAGCGGACUCCACUGUGUGCCCCCGGGCCUUCCCCGCCUGCCUUCACAGCAGUGAGGCCUGAGGGGGUCCCAGAACCGCCGCCCCACGAAGCACCCACCGUGGGCGUGCGGACCAAAAAUGGGCAGGGCAAGGCUGAUUGAUGGAAACAGUGGGCUCAGAAGUCCUGAUUGCUUCCAGAGCUCCCACCCUGUUUGCUACGCAUAAGUGGCACUGUUUGUUGAUGCAGUUGAGGUGAAAACUUAAUGUUUCUAUUCAGGAUAAGUACGGGAAAAAUAGAUUGUGUGAAGUAGGAAUGGAGGACGGGAGACUUUAGGUGGUUAGGGCUAUAUUUACUUCUCAUUUUCCCAACUUUUAAAUGAUAAUUUGUCUACAGUUUGAAUUUCAGGUUUUUAAUUGUGUCCUUUUUUUUUUAAUGAUUGAUUGGUAUUGGUAUAAAGGCAACAAAACAGUACAGCAAAAUCAUCACUUGAGAAGUUUACUUUGUUGCUAAAGUAAUUAUAGACUUUAGGCACUUUUGUAAUGUUACGCAUUGCAGCCCAGGGAGAGGAGUCAUUUGGGCUUAGAUAUUCUUGUCUGGUGAAAUAGAGAGGGCGGUGUUAGGGCUUCCUUGUGCUUUAUCAGAGCCGAGAGAGAUUUGAGAGAAAACUUUUAUCAAGGUGAACUCCCCACAAGUUACUCUCAGAACUAUUUUCUUUCGUUGAUUGGCUUUUCUUACUCUUUCCCGUUAACAGGUUUAUUUAUACAUCACAAUAUUUCUUGGGAUAAAAACUGUAUAACAUGUCUUUGGAAUAAAUUAUUAAAAUAUUUUAAUUUGAAUAGUGAAGUUUUGAAAGUAUUUUGAAAAAGAGAAGUUAAAAGUUGAACUGUUUAUGAUUAAUUUUUCCCCUAGAAAUGACCAUUGACGAGUCAUUCUGAUUAUACAAUAUGAUUUUUAUGCAUAAAAUAUUCACAUGACUUGAAUUUACUAUUGUUAAACAGAGCAUUUUCAUUAAUCCUCUGUUUUCUCACAGCUGCUCAGUUGUGUGUGUUUACUCACACAUGUUAGGUUGUAUAAUUGGGCCGCAUAUUUCUGCCUUCAGUGAGCAGAAUGCCUUCCGCGCGUUAAAAAUAAGUUCAUAAAGCAGGGUACUUUUUACUCAGCGCUUAUUGUACUUUCAUUGCUUUGAAAGGGUAAAUAUAUGAAAACAUUACAUUUUGCAGAAUAAGGUAAAACUUUUCCAUAACAAGUGACAUUUUCUGUUACUGUACUUGUUCUUAAGCCUUGGAGCCCUUUAAUAGUUUGAAAGUUGGUGAAGUUUAUAUACGUUAUCUAUUUCCGCUUACAAAAUUGCUUUCCUGUAUAGGUAAUGGAUAAAAUAAUUAAACCAAUUUUGGAUUGCUAUCCAAAUACCAGCAGCCUUUUAAAAUGGAUGUUGUAUUUGGCCAGAAAAAUCAAAUAUUUAACUGAAGAGUCAUGAGUGACAUUCCCCUGUGGAAUAUACAAAAUAUUAAGUUACCUGUGAAAAAAUACUAUUAUAGAGAAUCCAGGUGUCCUGAAAAAUCAAAGACCAUAGUGAAUUUUGAGAACUUCCAGUUAGGACAUUAUUAGUAUUUGCUUGAUUCUAGGACAUUUUGAAUUGAUUCAUGUAAGAAAAUUUUAUACUACUAAUAAAUAUUUAAUGUGUAUUUUAUACAUAAUAAACAUUUAUCUGGAAAAGAAACAUGUUGAAUAUUUAUCAUGGGUGAUUCAGUCAACAGCCUGCAUUUCUUUGCAUCAGGUAAUUUAAGGGAUAGUCUAUUUAGCACAUUUAGCCUUCAUAAGAAGAGAGUUUUGGGAAUAACUACUAGGCUGUGGCACAGCGGAGGUGGGAAGGGGCAAAUGGUCUCUCAUGGGUAUCAGGAGUCAAAGUCAAAUUCAGGAUGCUGUUGGAACUUGAGGCUCACUUUGUUUGGGUGUGGUUCCUUAGGAAUUAGGUUAAUUUCCCAUGAAAACACCUUUUUCCUAUCACCAGACCCUGUAAAUAUGAAAGAUUUGGCAAUCUCAUUAUAACCCAUUGCUCUUCCAGGAAAAAAUAAAAAUUUUAAAAAAGGAAAGCAUGUUUUAUAAAUAGUGAUUCUGUGUCAUUACUUUGGAGAAGUAGGUUUAUGUGGCUGUUGGAUCAGGGGACAAUAGAAAUUCUUAAGGGUAAGUAGGAUAUUAGGUACUGCUCAUACGAAAAACAGAUAAUUGACCUUCCAGGUAAUCUCUCUUUUGAAAACCGUUUUGCCCUCAUUAGUUAGUUAUAUCGUGGAGAGCCUAAGGCUGACA